UCAGGGGAGCCAGAGAGGUUAAGGGUGCGGGACAGAGCCAGGUUUUGUUCCCAGGGCUGGCUGUCAUCCAGGUUCAGCCCCUGGCUCCUGGAGCAUCCUGUCCUCCCUGCCUGGAAGUCUGGGCAGGCAGGAGUCAUGGGGUAUAUUCCCAGAAUCCCAGGGUCAGGGAGGCUGGGGGCAGGGCCAGGCGUUGGACAAACAGAUCAAAGGUGAGGCACUCCAGAUCAAACAGAUCAGAGGCUGGGACUCCAGAUCAGGCCUGGCCAGCUGGACGACGAGUGCCAUGAGGCUGCUGCUCUUCCUGGGCCUGCUGUGGGGCGCGGCAGCCACAUCCUCGGGCCCGCAGUGGCCCAAGCCCAUGUUCGGGCGCCUGGCAUCUCCCGGCUUCCCAGGCACGUAUGGCAACAACGAGGAGCAGCGCUGGACCCUGACUGCACCCCCCGGCUACCGCCUGCGCCUCUACUUCACCCACUUCCACCUGGAGCCCUCCUACCUCUGCGAGUACGACUUCGUCAAGCUGAGCUCCGGGACCAAGGUGCUGGCCACCCUGUGCGGGUGGGAGAGCACGGACACAGAGCAGGCGCCCGGCAACACCACCUUCUACUCACGCGGCUCCAGCCUGGACGUCACCUUCCGCUCUGACUACUCCAACGAGAAGCCUUUCACGGGCUUUGAGGCCUUCUACUCAGCAGAGGACAUCGAUGAGUGCCAGGCGCCCCCAGGAGAGGCCCCCACCUGCGACCACCACUGCCACAAUUACCUGGGCGGCUUCUACUGCUCCUGCCGUGCAGGCUAUGCUCUCCACCAGAACAAGCGCACCUGCUCAGCCCAGUGUUCAGGCCAGGUCUUCAUCGCCCGGUCUGGGGUGCUCAGCAGCCCUGAAUACCCGAAGCCAUACCCCAAACUCUCCAGCUGCGCCUACAGCAUCCACCUGGAGGAGGGGUUCAGUGUCAUCCUGGACUUCGUGGAGUCCUUCGACGUGGAGACGCACCCCGAGAGCCACUGCCCCUAUGACUCCCUCAAGAUUCAAACAGAUAAAGAGGAAUAUGGCCCGUUUUGUGGGAAGACGUCGCCCCGCAGGAUUGAAACCAAGAGCAACACUGUGACCAUCACCUUUGUCACCGAUCAGUCGGGGGACCAUGCAGGCUGGAAAAUCCACUACACCAGCACAGCUCAGCCUUGCCCUGAUCCGACGGCGCCACCUAAUGGCCACAUCUCCCCCGUGCAAGCCAAAUAUAUCCUGAAAGACCGCUUCUUCGUCUUUUGCGAGACAGGCUACGAACUUCUGCAAGGUAAUUUGCCCCUGAAAUCAUUUGCUGCAGUCUGUCAGAAAGAUGGAUCUUGGGACCGACCGAUGCCCGAGUGCAGCAUUGUUGACUGUGGUCCUCCUGAUGAUCUACCCAAUGGCCAAGUAGAGUACAUCACAGGUCCCGAAGUGACCACAUACAAAGCCGUGACUCAAUACCGCUGUAACGAGUUCUACGUAAUGAGAAAAGACGACGGUAAAUAUGUGUGUGAGGCUGAUGGAUUCUGGACGAGCUCCAAAGGAGAAAAAUCACUCCCAGUCUGUGAGCCUGUUUGUGGAAUAUCAACCCGUACCACGGGAGGCCGUAUAUACGGAGGACAACCUGCAAAGCUUGGUGAUUUUCCUUGGCAAGUCCUAUUAUUAGGUGAAACCAUAGCAGCAGGUGCACUUCUAUAUGACAACUGGAUCCUAACAGCUGCUCACAAUGUAUAUGGGCAAAAAGAAGAUGCCUCCUCCCUGGACAUUAGAAUGGCUGCCCUGAAGAGACUGUCAACUCAUUAUACACAAGCCUGGGCCGAGGCCAUUUUUAUACAUGAAGGUUACACUCACAAUGCUGGUUAUGAUAACGACAUAGCAUUGAUUAAAUUGAAGAACAGGGUUGUAAUCAAUAGCAACAUCAUGCCUAUCUGUUUGCCAAGAAAAGAAGCUGAAUCCUUCAUGAGGACAAAUGACACUGGAACUGUAUCUGGAUGGGGAUUAACCCAAAGGGGUUUUCUCGCCAGAAAUCUAAUGUUUGUUGACAUACCAAUUGUUGACCAUCAAAAAUGUACCGCUGCGUAUGAAAAGAAGUCCUAUCCAGGGGGAAAGGUAACUGGUAACAUGCUUUGUGCUGGUUUAGAAGCGGGGGGCAAGGAUAGCUGUAAAGGUGACAGUGGAGGGGCACUAGUGUUUCUCGAUAAUGAGACACAGAGGUGGUUCGUGGGAGGAAUAGUGUCUUGGGGUUCCAUUCAUUGUGGGGAAGCAGAUCAGUAUGGGGUCUACACAAAAGUCAUUAACUACAUUCCCUGGAUCAAGAACAUAAUUAAUAAUUUUUAA